AUGGACAUUGCGUCGCGGGUGGUUUCAGCGAUGUCACGGGUGGCCAACGAGAUGCCUGAUAAGCCGAAAUCAGGGAAAGUGGGGAUGGUGGUCGACGUAUCCGAUGCGAAGUUCAUUGGAGGACUCAUUCCAUCUCUUGUGGAAAAGCAGCUCUAUCCUUAUUCCCGACCAGAGUUUCUCUACUUCUCCGAGGAUGAGAUUAUGCUGUCAGCCGACCAAUGUGUUCGUCCCGUUCUCUGUCCAAAAUAUCCCUCAAAAAUGCCUCUAUACGCUGGCUACGCGGAGGUGAUCAAUGCAGGUAAAACCGUUCAAAAUGAAGACCAAGCAUCAGCAAGACUUUUGACUCUAGUCCAACAAGGGACAUGA